UCCGAGUUGUUGUGAGCUGGAGGCAGCGCCGAGUGGAGACGCCAGCAACUUUCGCCGCUUUCCUCCCUUGCAUCCUUUCAUCCUACGAUGCCCGGAAUGAUGGAGAAAGGCUCGGAGUACCUGGGCAAAGGCCGAUCGAACGGCACUAAGAGCCCCGCUGGCGCCUCUUCCAAUGGACAUUAUUCCGAGGAGAGUGGCAGUGACGACGAGCACGAUGUCGGAAUGCGAGUGGGCUCUGACUAUCAGGCUUCCAUUCCAGAAUUUAACCCUGGUGCUACAAAAUACAGUGAUAAAGAAAUUGGUGGUAUGCUGGUUUGGUCUCCAUAUCACAUAAUUCCAGAUGUAAAAUUGGAUGAGUAUAUUGCAGUAGCAAAGGAAAAACAUGGCUACAAUGUGGAACAGGCUUUGGGAAUGUUAUUCUGGCACAAACACAACAUUGAGAAGUCAUUGGCCGACUUGCCUAACUUCACCCCUUUUCCAGAUGAAUGGACUGUAGAAGAUAAGGUCCUCUUUGAACAGGCCUUCAGCUUUCAUGGAAAGAGCUUUCACAGAAUUCAGCAGAUGUUACCAGAUAAGUCAAUUGCAAGUCUCGUGAAGUACUACUACUCAUGGAAGAAGACUCGAUCACGAACAAGUUUAAUGGAUCGGCAAGCACGAAAAUUAGCCAGUAGAAACAAUCAAGAUGAAAGUGAUGAUGGAAUGGAGGAAGGAGCUGCAAAUGAUGUGAAUGACAGUGAUUAUGAUCCCACUAAAGAAGCUAAAAAGGAGGGUAAUCCUGAUCCACCUGUGCAGGUCAGCAGAGUUGGCUCAGUCAGACGUGAGCUUCCAAGUUUGCAGCAUCGUCACCAUCCUCUACGUUCCAAGUGUCGACCACCAAAAGGAAUGUAUCUUAGUCAAGAAGAUGUUGGAGCCAUGUCCUGCAGCCCAAAUGCAGCAAGUACCAUUCUUAGACAGCUUGAUAUGGAACUAAUCUCAUUGAAACGCCAGGUACAAAAUGCCAAGCAAGUUAACAGUGCAUUGAAGCUGAAAUUAGAAGGAGGCAUAGAAGAAUUCAGACCACCUGAGUCAGCUCAGAAAAUCAAUGCACGUUGGACAACAGAGGAGCAGCUGCUUGCAGUUCAAGGUGUCCGCAAAUAUGGGAAGGAUUUCCAAGCUAUCGCAGAUGUAAUUGGAAACAAAACCGUCGGCCAAGUGAAGAACUUUUUUGUUAACUACAGACGUCGUUUUAAUCUUGAAGAGGUCUUACAGGAAUGGGAGGCAGAGCAAGGAACCCAAGAAUCGAAUGGAGUUUCACCCACACCAGGGGAAGAAAGAAAGCCUGUUUUGAAUUCUCUUGCAUCUAAAAGUCCAGAUGUAGAAGAAGAGAUCCCAUCACCUCCAGUCUCUACCCCAGCACCUCCAACACCAGUUACUGUAGCUGUUACAUGUGUAGCUACUUUAAACCAACCUCCUCCGCUGCUUCGACCAGUGCUUCCCGCAGCUCCUGCUCUUCAUCGUCAACCACCUCCUCUCCAACAACAAACUCGUUUUCUACAGCCAAGACCAACUCUUAACCAACCUCCACCACCACUAAUUCGCCCAAGUAACCCUAUUCCACCCCGCUUGAAUCCUAGGCCAGUACUACAGCAACCGCCAUCACUAAUUGGAAUUCAGUCUGAAUCACAGUCUUCGUCCUUGCAUUGACUUGCUUGUUUUUUUAAAUGGGAAAAAAAAUGCUUGUGUGGGCUUGGUUUAACUGAAGAUGCUUCACAUCCCAAAUUCAUCACCCAAGAAGAAUAUUUAACACUAUCUAAUUGUAUUUCAAUGUCCUCCACAUUUCCAAAGUUCUACAUUUUGGUGAAUUGAACUCUUAACAUCACAAACAUUUAAAUUGAUUGGUUUAUUGGAUAUGUACAUAGAUAGCUUUUUGUACACAAAAAAAAGCCAGUAAGUUUGACACCUGAAGAACUUACAAAAAUGUUUCUAGGACAGUUAUUUAUGAAUCUGAUGCAUCAAGACUCUUGUUUUUUUUACCCUGUAUUAAUUUAUUAUAUUUGAAAUAAAGUGUUCAGCAAAUAAAGUUGAAAACAUCAGGAAACCUUUUAAGAUUGUAUUGUAAAAAAAAUACAAUCUUUUUGACAUUGUAUUUUUAUGGUUAAAGCUUUUUGAACUCGACAGCAUUAACUCCUGGUUAUAUGAGUCAAAAACCUUAGACCCAAAAAAAGUGUCCUUAAUUUAACUUGGUUCCAAAAUAGAUCUUGGAGUUUGGAACACCGACUGAUUAGAUUGAAAAUUAAUCAUGAUUUAUCAUUAUGCAACUUUGAACUUUUAAAAUUAUUGAUUUGGUUUUGAUACCAAAGAGGUGCACUUGCUUUAAGAUAACUCCAGAAAAUCUUCUUAAUUUGAAUUUCAUUGUUAAAUAUCAGUUCUCGGUUUAUCAAUAUCUUGUCAUUGCUCCUAUUUUUUUAAACAUCAAUUUAUAAGCUUCUUAGUUACAGAAUUGUAGAAUUGGCUACAUUCUUUGUAGCAUACAAAUAUUUUAAACUCAUGAUGACUUUUUUAAAUUCACUUUUAAAUGAAAACAAUGUGAUACAAGUAGUGAAUUCAAUUCACACUGAGAUAAGAAUCAGUAAUGGCGCAUUCAUCACGUUUUCAAAUUAAUAUAUCAUCAAUGUUUUUGAGAAUAAGUCCUUGAGCAGUUAUGCCAAGCCAAUAGGUUGUGACCUGAGUUACACGAGUGUCACUAGAAGCCGUGAUUCACCCUUGAACUUUGCCAGUUAUUUGUCUGGCUAAUAGGCUGAACAAUAGACUACAGCAGGAUACUUCAGAAGGGAAGAUUGCCAAGAAAGCCCAGGCACAAUUGCCUUACCCUAAUAAAAAUGUGCCUCCAUAUGCCUGCUGACAGAAGAUGAUGAUCAUAGUGAAGACAGUACGAAACUCAUGAAUUCCCAGCUGAAGGAGACUCAAAUGUAGAUCGAGUCCAGCAGGGAAAUAAACGGGGGGAGGGUAGGGGGCAGUUUUUCAAAUAGUUACUUUUUAUUAAAAAUGGCUUGAGACUAUUAAUAUGCAUUAACACUUGUUUAUUUUUCAGUGUAAGAUGUUUGAAAAUACUAAAAUAAAAUUAUACUGUAAUUUGAUUUAGAAGAUAGCACAAAGAACCUAUAAAACCUCAAAGUACUUUAGUUUACUGUAUAUAUUGACAUGGGUUUGUUUUAAUUUAGUUUUAGUUUUCAGUUUAUAGGAUGUGUGCGACUAUUUGUGCAUGUACAGUCAGAGCUUAUUUAUCUGUUUAGUCAGUGCAUUUUGCAUGUAUUUCAGGCAGUAUUUUUAGUGUAAUAAAUUGUGCGCUAGCUUCUUUGCUGUAAUAAACUUCUAUCUGGAAAUGC